AUGACCAAAAAGCUAACACCUGAGGAUGCCUUCUUUGAAAAUCUCCUACUGGGUUUAAAUAACACACUGGCCGAUGUCCCUCGCGUCUGCAAUGUCAGUGUGGAAAAGCGUCAACCCUGUGAGAAGUCCCAGCUUGUUACAUGGGAACAAAGGCACGGAGUCUAUUUGCCGGAAGAUAUGAAGAAGUUUUAUUUGUCCACAGAUGGGUUUAUACUGCAAUGGAGUUAUCAAUAUGCACCCAACGACAUACGUAAAGUGGGCUAUAUACAUUUUCGCCAUUUAUUGGAGAUUACCCUGCUAAGGGAAAAUGUGGAGCCGGUGUUUGCCAACAAUGCGGAUAAUACGAACCAGCAUGGUAAUUUUUCCAAUACCUUAAGUAGUUAUAAUCAAACAACAACCGCGUCAGCAUCAUCCUCAUCCACCACCGAUCAUUGGGGUAAUCCUCUGCCGCAAAUUGGUGCAAAAACUAAAAUCUUUGAAUUAAAUACCAUCAAUGAAGUGGCCAAGGUGUGCUUGCUCUACGAUUCUUCGGGUAGCAAUGCACCGAAAAUAUAUCUUUUGGAAUUGGCCAAUUUAAAAUGGGUAUUUUUGGCAGAUAGUUUUAGUGAAUAUCUUCGCAUGGCUAUUGCCCAUUUGGGUUUACCAUAUUGGGAGUUAUGUUUUGCCUCGUGUGGCCUGCCAUCAUGGACAGAACAAUUAUUUUUACUGUUGGCACCCCAUCUGUUGGAAGAAAAUGAAACAAGACGUAGUAGAGUGAUAAAUCCGGGACCCGAACAUCCUCACAAUCUACUGGAUCCGAAUAUAUUUCGUGUUAAAUUUAAGGCCUCGACGAACAAGAGUAAUGCACAAGGUAAACAUAAGUAA